UAGUGAAAUCCAGGUCAUCGCUCCUGGACCAUCACAAGCCAGCAGGCGCAGAUACCGUCCUCAUCGCGGACGCAAACACUAUUAUUUUUGUGCUAGUUUGUGAUUACUCUUUUAAGAGUGCCAGUGUUCCACACCUCCCCCACUGAGCGCGGAGUGUGUGUGUGUGUGUGUGUGUACCUCUGCAGGCUAAGGGAGGAGUCGUGCUGGCGUCUGGAGCGCUGCGGAGCAGAGCCCAUUCCCCUGGGAACAGCAGCCACUCCACACCUGCCUCCGCUGCACCUGCCUAGGCGUGCGCGUCUACCUGGCUGGAUCUCUUUCUCUCUCUCUCAGCCAUGACCGACUUGCUCUGGCUGGGGGGAUAACGGUGUUAAUUGGAGGACAGCGCCAGUUCUCCACCCCUCCCUCUCCCCCACCCGGGUGACCCUGUGACCCGUUGUCUCUCGGGCCCCCCCCGCACCCCCGCCCGCCUCUCCACACGCUCCGUCACUCAUGAGCAGGCCGGUGGCGGGGACGUAGCCCGAGACAGAGCGCCAUGGACCCCUGAGGCCAUGACGGGAGCGCGGCGGCUGCGUGGUCCCUAGCAGUCCUCACUGGACCGGAGCGCUUAACGACGGACACGGGCUUGAGGAGCAGCAUGCAGGAGGCUGACCUACCAGCCACGAAUGCCUUCACAGAGUGCAAGUUCCUCUGCACCAACGGUCGGUGUCUGGACGUCGGCUCACUGGUCUGCGAUCAGGUCAACCACUGCGGCGACAACAGUGACGAGGAGAACUGCCCCGCAUCCACACAGCACACUCCGCCCGCUGCCUUCUACUCUGAACUGGAAUUUGUGCAGAUAAUAAUCCUAAUCGUGGUGAUGAUGGUGAUGGUGGUGGUGAUUGUCUGUCUUCUGAACCACUACAAGCUGUCCACGUGGUCCUUCAUGAGCAGGCCGGGCCGCGCUCCGAGGCACGAGCGCCCGCUGCAGUCGGAGGGGUGUUUUUGGCCAUCUGAUAGUGGCUCCAGACAAGGAGCUUGUGAGGUGGCGUACGCGCCGCAGCCCCGCGAGCGCUUCGGCGCGCCCGGCUUCACGCAGCGCGAACGCUUCGGCCGCUUCCAGCCCACCUACCCUUACCUGCAGCACCAGAUCGACCUGCCACCAACCAUCUCGCUGUCGGACGGUGAGGAGCCGCCACCCUACCAGGGCCCCUGCACGCUGCAGCUGCGCGACCCCGAGCAGCAGCUGGAGCUCAACCGCGAGUCGGUGCGCGCGCCGCCCAACCGCACCGUCUUCGACAGUGACCUCGCCGGCGGGCGCGGCCCCGGCCCCGGCGGCGGGCCGCGGCCGCCCAGCAGCAACUCGGGCGUGAGCGCGGCCGGCUCCGGCGCCCGCGGCCGCAUGGAGGGGCCGCCGCCGGCGUACAGUGAGGUCAUGGCCCACUGCCCCGGCACCGUGUUCCUCCUUCACCAGCACAGCAAUAACCAGUCCUGCACCGGACUCAGCGCGCGGACCCCACCCGGGGGCAGGACCGGCCCGGGCUGCCUGGAAAGCACAAUAGUCCUGGGCGAGGCCAAGAACACGCGGCGAGGGGAGCUAGUGUGAGGUACGGGGAGGGGGGCGGGGCUGCCAACUGCACCCUCCCCUUUUGCCAACCGCACAGGGGUGUGGCCACCUCCCUGCACAAAAAACAACAACAAAAAAAGCAUCGCUCUUCACCACAAAAGCUAAGCCACAUUAUAAAGAGUAUCCCAGUGGAGCUGAUCUUGCAGAACCGAACAUUUCUGUUUCUACAGAAGAAAAAAGACGAUAGAGCUUUGUAGCGCCGUUUUGUACUCGUGCAUUAUGUUCAAAUGAGAAGAAACGAUACUAGCACAUAAACUUAUUUUUUCCCCUUUUUCUUUUCUGUUGUGUGUUUUUGUUUGUUUGUUUGUUUUCAUCGUGCACCCUGCAAAAUACCAACACAUCCGACAUGUAUACAGUGGAUCUUGGAGUCGAGGAUGAUUUUUCUAAGACCGGGAUCUGUGCACAAUUUCUUUCUUUCCUUUUUGUUAGUAUUUUAUUUACUCAUAGAAAUCCAAAUCAUAGUGCCAAGGGUUUUUGUGUGUGUGUGUGUGGGGAUUCAAAUCAAUUCGAUUUGACGCGCACUCAAAUCAAAACACACAGAAGUUGCACUACUUUUACCGCGGGAAACAGAAGGAGAGAUUAUUCUGUUGUUGGGUUGCUGCAUUUUUAGAGUUUGAACAGGAGCUCCACGGUCCGCGUGUGGGAGCGGCGGGGUUUUGCCCUGACCUCUGUGCACAGCAGUAACUCAGAUCCAGCCUAAAAGUCCUCCAGAAUCAACUCCCCCACCCCGAAGACUUUGACAUGUUUCACGUCCCUCCAGAUUCCUGAAGGUCAGGAGGAUGCCUGCCGAAUGUUUUCCGUAAUACCGUCGCUGUACUAACAAAAAUACUACAGUCAAUUUUAUUGUGAGGUUGUCGUCUUUUGUUUUGUUUUUGUUUUGUUUUGUUUUUUCUUUUCUUAGAGAAGGUCCAAAAGACUUUUUCACUCGUAGCAGACUUCAAAUUGUUUUGAUCCUCUCUUUAUAUUAUAGGCUUAAAUCAUACAGAAGAUAGGAAGAUCCGGUAUUUUGUGAGCAGGGUUACGGUUUCUUAAAGAUGAGUGCUUUUUAAAAAGUAGAGCUCGCAAUCAUGGUUCGAGGUGCGAUCCCUACAGCGCCCGGGCCGCGAGGACGAGCCAAAACGCCAUGCAUUCAUCACCACAACCUUUUUGAUAUAUGCGUGAGCUUUGAUCCUACGCUGCUCUGCUUGGACAGAAGCUUCUCCCGGCUUUUGCUUCCUUGAAACGGCUACUGCUGCCCAUUUGAUGCACGCCUUCACUUUCAGACCUCUCUCAUCGUAGACCACCAUCUGUAGAAAUCCAUUUCGUUAAAUGGUAUUGUAGUAACUUAGGAGCGGAAUGGCCAAAAAAAAAAACAAACCCUAAAGAAAACAGACCACAUAAUGCAUGCUAGUGUGCCGUAUCCGACUCCUUGAUAGUAUAAUCAGGGUUAAAGACAUGGUGAAGGGCUAUUGUGAGGGUUGUUUAUUUGU